UCUUUCUCUCCCUCUGUGUCUCUGCCUCUGUCUCUCUCGCUCUGCCUCUCUCUCUCUCCCUCUCCCUCUCUCUCUCUCUCUGUCUCUCUCUGUCCCUCCCCCUCUCUUUCUCUCUACCGGACUCUGAUUAAUUGCAGUGUCUCCAUUUUGAUGAAGGGGGCCCCUGUGGUUUCACCAGCUGUUUCAGUUUACAAUGCUGUUGCUGCUCCGUGAUCUGACAGUGUCCCUGUGCCUGCGCUACUGCCCGUCCAGGAGAACUUGGGUUAGUUUGUGAUCCCUGGCUGCAGCAAGGAUCUAUCUGGCCUUAUUCGUUGUGUCUGGAACACACUCAGCUCCCAGUACCAUGUCUCUGCCGUGUCUAUGAGCUCCAGCAUGUGGUACAUUAUGCAGAGCAUCCAGAGUAAAUACUCACUGUCCGAGCGACUGAUCCGCACCAUCGCUGUGCGCUCCUUCCCCCACGACAGUGUGGAGGAUCUCAUCAACCGGGGAGCCGAUAUAAACUGCAGUCAUGGGACCCUGAAACCACUGCACUGUGCCUGCAUGAUGUCUGACCCCGACUGUGUGGAGCUUCUACUGGAGAAAGGAGCAGAGGUGAACGCGCGGGACGGCUACCACCGGGCGGCCCUGCACUACGCCGCGGAGAAGGACCCGGCCUGCGUGGAGGUGCUGCUGGAGUUCGGGGCCGACCCCGACGCUCCCGACGGCAACAUGGACUCCCCCCUGCACUGGGCGGCCUUCAGGGACAGCCACGAGUGCGCCCGGGCGCUGCUGGAGGCCGGCGCCCGGGUCGAGGUGUCGGACCACCACCGGGACACCCCGCUGAGCUGGGCCGCCGCCCGCGGCAACCUGGAGAGCGCCCGGGUGCUGCUGGAGUACGGGGCCGAGGUCAGGGUCCGCAACCUGAAGGGCCAGACCCCCACGUCCAGGCUGCUGGCCCUCUUGGGCCGGGGCCUGGGUGGGCCGAGGGAGGAGGCCUGCCUGAGGCUGCUGGAGAGGGCCGGGGGAGACCGGCCGGACCGGGGUUGGGGGGCCGCCGCCGCCGGCAGCGCCGGCGCCGGCGCGGGCGGCCCCCCGGCCUGGCAGCCCAGCACCCUCAAGGGGCUGAGCCGCUACGCCGUGCGGCGCAGCCUGGGUGCCCGGCACCUCCCGGCGGCCGUCGAGACCCUCCCCCUCCCCAGCUCGGUCAAGGAGUACCUUCUGCUGGCAGGUUGAGGGCCGGAGUGCGG